UGGACUGGCAGGACGACACAGACCAUUACAUCAUGGUCAUGGAGCGGCCUUCACCUUGCAUGGACCUGUCUAGCUUCAUCAAGCUCCACGGAGGAAGCCUCGAUGAAGCAAUGGCACGACAAGUCAUGCAACAGGUGAUUGAUGCUGCUAUCGUUUGCAGCAAGCGCGGUGUCUUCCAUCGGGACAUCAAACUGGAGAACCUGCUGCUGAACCGGGACACCAUGGAAGUUAAAUUGAUUGACUUCAAGUGUGCUGCGCUUAUGAAGAAAUUUGCCUACGAAUUAUUUUGUGGCACAAGAGCAUACUGUCCACCAGAGGUCAAUGUGAAGGGCAGGUACCAUGCAAAACCGAUGACGGUGUGGUCAUUGGGUGUCCUACUGUUUAAAAUGGUGUGCGGAUAUUAUCCCACAGACCUCGACCUGCACUUGAUCAGUGAGAAAAACUGGACCAGACCUGAGCUGUCAAGAGAAUGCUGCCAGAUGAUUUGCGCUUGUCUGGAGCCUGAGCCACAGCAGAGACUCAAUCUGGAGAAGAUGCGUCUCCAUGACUGGUUUAAGGUCCUGGAGUAAGACCACAAGAACAUCAGAAGACAACUCCUGUCACAACCUUAUUGACAAUUUUACAACA